CUUUAGCGGAUGUACAAAUGCUAAACCGGAAGAAAAAUGAUAAACGUCGGCAAAUGUCAGCCCACAGCUACAAACUUUUGUCCACUGUAAACUACUUAAAAACGAUUAUUCCAAUUUAGUUCUUUCUCAAUGGAUGCGACAAGAUAGUUUUACGGCCUCGAAAAGAGAUAUAAUUUUGAAGAAAUACAUUUGGUGGUAGCGCACCGCGCUAACACAGCCGGCGGAUAGCUCUGUCGGCUUUGUUAGCUUAGCUAGCUUUCUUUGCUUUCUUGGCGUUUCUUGAUUUUGAAUGCAGAAAAUGAGUCUUGCGGUUCACCGCGAGCCCCGAAAGACUGCGGGGAAUCGCAUGUCCAAGUUGCUGGACGCCGAGGAGGAAGAUGAAUUCUACAAGACGACUUACGGAGGCUUCAAUGAUGAAUCAGGAGACGACGAGUACCACGAAGAUCACUCGGACACAGAGGACGAGGUGGACAGCGAUUUUGACAUUGAUGAAGGAGACGAGCCGGACAGCGCCCAGGAGGAUGACGCGCCUCGGAGGAAGAGUCGAGUUGUUACUAAAGCGUAUAAGGAACCCGUCAAGUUAGCCAAGCCCAAGCCCAAACCCAAAAGACCAUCAGAGGAAACGAAGAAGACAGAGAAGAAACCCAAAGCGGAGCUCAAGCGGAGGAUUCCACAAGAGUUUCAGGACUAUGGUGGGCGCAAGUCAGUGCGGCAGUCCACCAGUGAGCACACCCGCAAGACUAACCUGCGACUGCAGGAGCGGCAGGAUGCCCCUCGGCGCCGCCGGGGGGCACACCGUGACCGGCCUCUCACCCAAGAGGAGCUGCUGGCUGAGGCCAAGAUCACUGCCGAGCUCAACAUUCGUUCACUGGAAAAUUACGAGCGCCUGGAAGCGGACAAGAAGAAGCAAGUCCACAAGAAGCGCCGCUUCGAGGGCCCCACCAUCCGCUACCACUCUGUCCUGAUGCCCCUCGUCUCGUCGUCACUUCUCAAAGAGGAGAACGUGGAUGUCGAAGGGUUGGACCAGGAUGUUGCUCCAACGGUGCCGCCCAACCCCGCCACGCCGUCUCAGCAGCCUACCGGCGGCCUCUGCUCUCGCACCUACGUGACGUUCAGCGACGACGACGCGUUCGAAUGUGCCUUCCCUCGAAGCGCUCAGGCAAGUCCACAGGUCCCCGUGCAGGAAAUCUGCCCCGUCACCCACAAGACGGCAAUGUACCGGGACCCAGUCACCGACAUCCCCUACGCAAACGCGAGGGCCUUCCGCAUCAUCCGCGAGGCCUACCGUAAGUAUGUGGCCAUUCACGGCUUCCCCAACGCGUCGGGAGGGAUGACGGGACGCGGCGCGGCCUCGAGAGGCGCACGCCACAGGAUGGCAGCCAAGCAGAGCGCAAUCGCCACAUAAAUGGGAUUCUUUUUCUUUCAUCGUGGGAACGAGACAGCUAUAAAAACUGCACAAUGGACAGGGGCUUCAUUGUGGAGAUGAAUUUAUGGAACUACAGCUCGAAAUUGAGUGGAUUAACUAAUGAUUUUGAACUUCCCAUUCUCUCCUCUUUUUUGUGGGGGGGGCGGGUUAUUUUAGUAAACUACCCUUUUGUACUAUGAAAAUAUGACCUAUUUACAUGAAAUAAAAUUGAACUUUAGUUUUGACACAACUCUGUACAUUCACGGGUGGGAGUAAUUAUGCAAUGAUAAAUGUCGGAUUGAAAAGCAAGUAAUUGUAAAUUUAGUGGGGGAGGGGGGGCGUUCCCCUAAAAACAAAAAAUAUUGUCUGAUGUUUUGGAUGAAGCUAUUCAUACGUGGACAUCCACAAAUGUGGCGGUACAUGCUUUCCAUUAGACUGAUGGUGCUACUUUUUACCCCAAUCAAAUCAUGUUGCAACAACAUUUUUUAACAUUUGCUACAAGGUUGCCCUACAACUGAAUUGCGUGCAGUCCCAUGACAGUAAUCGGGACAGAGGCCUGCUGCUAAUAGCAAAAACCCUUGAAGAUAGUCCCAAAUCACUGUUGUCGUAUUAGACAGACUUGUCUUAUCGAAGCUCCUUCACUUAUUUCAACAUAGUUCCUUGGCACCAAGAUCAUGCCAAAGCACUAAUUUUCUAUGAGCCAACUAUGUUUAAGUGAAUUGAGGAGCUUCAUUGAGACCAGGGGUGCCCAAACAUUUUGGACCUUAGAUCGACUUUUCGUUCAACCAACCUCCCGGGAUCGCCCCUUACCGCGCACACGCACGCGCCAUGAUGAAAAGCCAAACAUGGAAGCAAGCGAUGCACCUUUGCAGCCUUAUCACUAUCGUAGCUCACACGUACCGUUUUAAAGUGCUUCCCUGAGCCCUCUAGAUUCCUAUUCUUUGCCCGUGCCCUCGGUGAAUCGUACACGAAGCAAACUCUGAAUGAGAAUAAUGACGAUCAUAGAUAUAGCGCAACAGCUCUGAUCACAAGCUGCAAUUGCAGACUGCUGAGCGCUAACAACUUCCGCUUACGUAGGUCACGCGCCACCAUAUGCUAAAGAUUUACCUGCUUUAUUUUCAAAAUAUUUUGGGUGGAAAAUGAGACUGAUGGGAUGAUCAGGGUGCAGUGUACAUUAACACAAAAAAUAUAUUACAUGUACAAAGACACGCAACUAUUUUAUUUUUUUUCUCUGUCCUCUACACCUUUCGGAUCUAAUUGGGACGAGUCCUAGAUCUACCGGUCGAUCAGGAUCGACGUAAUGGGCACCCCUGAUUUAGACUAAAGUAGUGCUUUGUCACCAUCUUGGGACAUCUCCAGGUAUAGGCAACUAUUAGGCUCGUUUGGCAUGGUGUCAAUUACUUUGAGAUUUCUGCUAUUCCCAGCAGUGCUCAGCACCUCUGAAUGAAUUCUGGAUUGUGCACUUUUUAUCUGGAUUCUCACCCCUGAAAAGGUAUUUUCUUAUUUUCUGUCGCCCUGGUUACUGACGAAGAAAAUGUGAUUAAAAUGGACUAUUUUUAUGUUACGCAGCCAAACAAUCAGUCUGGCGCUUGCUUGUCAUGAUGUAAGUGAAGCAUUUGAAGGUGAGCUCAUCUUCCCCUUAGAUGAUGGUGACAAUGAUGGUGAUUAUGAAGCACUUGUCGUCACGGUGACAGAACAGAAAGAAAUGCUUCCCCCAGCUUGGCUAAUUGAUUCGUGUGUUGUGACAGUGCAGCGCCAGUGCAAUUAUCAUCAUCAUCAUCAUCUAACUGCGUGGUGCCGCAACAUCAAUUAGGUGAAUGGAAAACAUCACAAACCACAAACACUUUUUUGUGGACAAAUUACUUUGUUAAGGCUCUUCCGUGAUUGGUGGAUUGAUCUGACUGUUCCGGUUGGUGUUGAGCAACUUUUUGCAUUCAACGGACUUUUUAUUUGAAAUCUGUUGGCUUAAUGUUGUAUGGAUGCAACAAAGCUGGUCAACAACAAAGUUUGAUUUUGAGAUGCUUUAUGUGUCCCUAAACGCAUUUUUGAUGUUGAUUAAAAAAAACAAAAACGUUCACAGCACAUCAGGUUUCAUUGUUGGUUAUUAAGUUUGACCCAUAGAAGUAUGCAUGGGUCAGAAGUAUGUGGAUUUUACCAUAGCUUAUCAUUUAUAACUGUGACAUUCCAGAAAACAUAAAUCCAGCACUCACUGAACCAAAUCCUUAAUUCUAAUAUAUUGCUAUAUUCUAUUUUAUUUGUAGCAAGCUGAUGUGCUCGACAAAAAAAAAGGCUAUCUUAGAAAUCUGUGCAAAAAAAAAAAAAAAUCAGCAAAAGUUUACCUGCAUCGGAUUUUUAAAAAAGUACAAAUAUGUUGACCGGUGUUUUCAUUUGGGUCUUAAGUGACUUGACAUCAGCAUAGUCAGUACAGUUAAUGAAGAAUUCAUAAUGACAA